AUGGCAUCCAUCAAAUCACAAGAGCAACAGAUCGCUUCCAGCUCCAGAAUGGCGGCACAGGUGGACGAAUGCAAGACCUCGUUUCUAGAUUUGCCCGCGGAGCUGCGAAACGAGAUCUACCGCCUCUGUGUGGUCGUGUCAAGGCCUCUGAAAGUGAUGCACCAAGGACAAGGUCCCACAUUACGCAUAUGCAAUCAGUUCAACUCUGCCAGCACGUGUCAGCAGGAAUCCUGGGCACCAGGUCUGCUGCGCAGCUGUAAGCAGAUCAAUCACGAGGCAGCAUCAAUUCUUUAUGGGGAGAACGUCUUCAAUUUCAGAAAUCCGAAGGUGGCGGAAGCCUUCCUCCUGCAAGCUGUGCAAUCGAUUGGGCAGAUCCGCGAUAUGAUCGUCGGAUUUGGAGGGAGAAUGAAGGCCAGCUUCGCGCGCCUCCUUGUCACACUUAAAGGCGCCGCCAGACUGCGCGGCUUGACAUUCCACUAUGGCGCCAACGGCUUGGGCAUGGAGGUGUACAAUGUUCAGGAGGCUGCAAAGGCCAUCAAGCCGCUCGUGCGAUUCUUCCAGAAUGAUCGCUGGCCGACUGACAAGACUAAGGCGCUAAGCAUUGUGCACUGGGCAGCAUAUCCAAUUUACUGGAGAGAAAUACAGCGACGAUACGACAAAGGAGCUGCCGACUACGAAGCGAGAGUCAAAGCAGUCUUGGAGGAGACUUUAAAGUGAGAAGCCAGUCUUGGC